AUCUUUUUCAACACCAAGAUUUCUCACACCCCACCAAAAUCUGCACCGAUUGACAGCAGACAACACAGUUGCCAUGCCGAAACCACGUUCAAAACGACAAGCUAUCCGUGAAGAACGAAAGACGAAGCGCCGCGAGAAAGCACAAGCUGAAGAAAGCAAGGAUGCCAAAAGAAGACGUCUAGACAAUACCGAAGGUGGUGGUGAUGAUAAUGGUGAUGAUGCGGGCAACCAAGAGGCUACCUUUCAAGAUGGUUAUGAACAGUCCCAACCUGGAAUUGGGGGCCUGCCACCAGGCGAUCGAGAGUUCUUUGGCAUGCUAUCCGAGGAAGAACAAGAAUACUUUCGCUCCGUUGACGAACAACUCGACAUUGACGAUUUCCCUUCCCAAGAAGAACGCGAACUCUACCUUGCCAGUGUCUUUGCUGAAGCUCAGAACAAGGAGCUCAAAUUAGCAUGUAGCCAGUCGUGCUCCAGAUUGAUGGAACGACUAAUCCUCAUGUCGAAUACGAGACAAAAGAAGAAGUUAUUUGGCCAGUUUGCCACUCAUUUCAUAAAUCUCAUCCAACAUCGUUUCGCAAGUCAUUGUUGCGAGACGCUAUUCUUACAAUCUGCCCCGAUUGUCACAAGAGAGCUUGGAGGAGGGCUCGAUGAUCCUCUCACUGAUCAGGACGACCCCAACGAGACACCAUCCCCAUACAUGGAAGAUCUAUUCCUCCUCACACUAGAUGAACUCGAAGGCCACCUUGGCUACCUGCUCACAGACAAAUUUGGUUCUCACACUCUUCGAAUCAUUCUCAUGAUUCUAUCCGGACGCCCAUUGGAACAAGCACAGACCAAGUCUCUCAUCCACAGCAAAAAGAAGGAGCAGAUAUCAGUCCCGUGGACUUCCGACACCACAACUGACCUGACUUCUGAACUUCGAGCAGUCCCCACGUCUUUCAAUCUAGCAGCCAAAAAGAUCAUCACUGACUCUGUGGCUGGUAUGAGUACCACAGAACUCCGUGUGUUGGCUACACAUCCCACCGGAAAUCCUGUUCUGCAGCUUUUAUUAGAGCUAGACAUCACUCUCAACUUGAAAGCAGAUGACGAGUCUGGAGACAUGACGCUUUUAUGGCGACUUCUGCCUGAAGCUCCUGCCUCAUUAAAAGAUGCCACCACUGCUGCCUCUGACUUUGUCAAUUCGAUGCUUUAUGAUCGUAUCGGCUCGCGCUUACUCGAGACACUCAUUAUCCAUUGCCCCGGAAAAAUAUUUAAGGCUCUUUAUAAACACGUCUUCGGAGAAAGGAUCCAGAGUCUUCUGCGCAAUGACAUUGCAUCAUACCCUGCAAUUCGCGUUCUCAAUCGGCUUAGUAAGGAGGAUUUGAUGGCGGCUGUUGAAAAGACCUUGCCUGAAAUGCCUAAACUUGUUGCCUUGUCGAGGUUCAAUGUAAUCAAAACCCUGUUCGAACGAUGUCAAGCACGGCAAGCCCGAGACGAGAUGGAAAGUCUGACGAAAGCUUUGGUUGAAGCUUUUGGGUCAGAUCCUAAGUUUCUGAUUCCCAAGCUUUGCAUCCCGCCGUCUUCUGAAUCUAACAAAAGGGACAAGGAGCCUUUACCUAAGAAUCAAGCUGCAUUGGUUUCACAUGGCUCUCAACUAACGACAACCAUGCUUGCCAUACCUGGGCCCCCCUCCAGCGCCAUUCAAGCCUCCUUGGCCGCUCUUCCCGAGGAACUUAUCCUACAACUCGCAACCUCAUCGGCACCGACAUCAUACGUUCUAGUCAAUGCCUUAAAUGCCCCAUUACGAAAAAAGAACAUUCAUAAAAUUCUAGUUGCAGCCCUACGACCACACUGUUUCCAGCUAGCUAUGUCCAAUUAUGGGAAUAGGGUCAUAAACUCAAUUGUCUCUAUCCCUUCCAAGGGUGAGGCAUCUAUCCCUUUUCAUGUAAAGGAAACCAUAAUGGAACAGCUCGGCCAACAUGAACAAGAAUUACGCAAUUCAUUUGAAGGCAGGCGUGUGUGGAGAGCAUGGAAAGGAGAUUUGUGGAGGAACAGAAGGAGGGAAUGGAUUUCCUGGGUUAGGGAGUUUGAUUCUGUGUCAAAUCAAACAUCCACAGAACAAUAUUCGACAUGGGAUAAUAACCCACAAAAUGGAUAUGGCAACAACGCCGGAAGCACAUUCGAAAGCAAUGACACCAUGAAGAAGAGAAAGAGGGACUUUGAAGGUCGCUCAUGAUAUGGUACCUAACAGGGUAGUUAAUGCGAAGGCUUGUAGUAUAAUAAAAAAAAUACCCAGUUGCACUCCUCAGGCAGACUUCACUUCCUUCGUCGUUUUACCGCGGUAGUUUAUCGAAUAUUACGAAUAUACUACAGGUAUCUAUAAUUAUUGAAUCCUUAUCCUUAGGUCCUAAGGCACUUCUCACCACUUUCCCGCAAGAACUUUUCUGU